AUGACGAAUUCGGACGAGUUCACUGGAUGCUUAACUUUCGAGAAAUUGCCACCUUCCCUCCUUCUUUUCCCUGUCAACCUGUUUGCAAGUUAUAGGAGGAAUCCAGUUCUACUCUCCAUGUGUACGGUUCGCUUGUGGCGCUGGGACCUUCCAAAGAUGCUGUUUACAUGUUCUUACUGUAUUGGUGAAAGAACAACAAAUCUCGGUCUUCGCCAAAGAAUAUGUAGUAAGAAUGAAGAUGUCCAACUAUUUGCGAGUUUCAAUCCUUAG